AUGGCGAGCCUGCAGCCUUCCCAGUUCUGUCGCGCCUCUAUCUCUCACUGCUCCUCGCCGCCGUCCAGCCAGUCCACCGGCUCGGCGAGCCUGCAGUCGUCCCAGCUCUGCCACAAUUCUCUCUCUCCUUCCUCCCCGCUGUUGUCCAGCCACUCCGCCAGCUCGGGCGAGAUGGUGAUAGCUCCCCCCAAAAAACGUCUGGGGGAGAGACCUCCGCUAUGCCACUUCGACGUCGAGUGUAAAGAGAGUCAGAGUCUGGAUCUGUACGUCUCCAUCACUCACAGCUCUGCACGUCAGUCUGGAAUCUCUGUGAGUUUGGAAGCUCCGCCCUUCUUUUUGAUUAACUACAUCAAAAGUGACCGACACGGAGGAGACACUGCAUGUAGCAGGUGGUACAGACUGACUGCAGUGUGUGAGAUGCUGCUGUGUGUUCUCCUGCUGACUGCCAUCACAGUGCUGUGGAUCAAUUACCACAUCCUGAAGAUAGAAAACCAGUUACAGACCAGCAACAACAACCUGACUGUAGCCAAAGACCAGUUUCAGAGGAAGAGAGACCAGUUUCAGAGGGAGAGAGCUGAACUCCAGAGGUUUUCAAAACUGGGAUGGAAUUAUUUCAGCUCCAGUGUUUAUAUCAUCAUCACUGAGAAGAAGAGCUGGACUGAGAGCAGAGAGAACUGCAGCAAGAUAGGAGCAGACCUGGUGAUCAUAACCAGCAGAGAGGAACAGGAAUUCGUCAAUAAACUGCGGGCUGGUGCACAAGCUUGGAUUGGUCUGAGUAACAGAGAGAACAAGUGGAAGUGGGUGGACGAUACAACACUGAUCACUGGGUUCUGGGAAGAUAAAGAACCAAACAGUGCUGCAGGACAUGAAGGUUGUGUUGUAACUGGUAUAAAAUCUGAUCCUGUGAAGAACUGGGCUGAAUAUCCCUGUAAUAAACCGUAUAAUUGGAUCUGUGAGAAGAAAAUCUUUAACUGA